AUGUGACUGGAGCUGCCCCAGCUUCCCAGGACUCGUCUAUAUCCAUUCUCUUGUAAGACAUGAGUAUUGAGUUUGCAGUGCCUUAAUUACUGCAUAUGGUCUUGAACGUGAAAGACAGCUCAGGUUUCUGGAAGGUACAGAACUACAGAGUGUUAGAGAUCCCAUAAUGUCAUCACUCAGUAUCCUUGCCUCAUUGCCAGAGGAUCAUUUCCAGUGUUCGAUCUGUCUGAAUGUCUUCAGCGACCCAGUCACCACACCAUGUGGUCACAACUUCUGUAAAACCUGCCUUAGCAAGCACUGGGACAACAGUGAGUUAUGCCACUGCCCAAGUUGUAAUAAACGAUUCUACAGCAGGCCUGAGAUCUCCACAAAUACGGUCAUCGAGGAGAUUUCGGUCCAAAUAAAGAGGAGAAAAGUGGAGACACCUGAAAUCAUUGAUGGACCCUGGCAAGUGAAGUGUGACGUGUGCACAGAAGGAAAAUUCAAGGCCCAGAAGUCAUGCCUGGUGUGUCUGACGUCGUACUGCGCAGCCCACCUGGAGCCUCACCAAAGAGUUCCCUCCCUGAUGAGACACAAGCUGAUCGACCCGGUGGAGAACCUGGAGGAGAGGAUAUGUGAUAAGCAUGAAAGGAUCCUCGAGCUUUUCUGUCGGGAUGAGCAGGUGUGCAUCUGUCUGCUGUGCAGUGAGACAGACCACAAAGACCAUGAGACAGUGCCUGUGGAAGAAGAAGGGGCUCAGCAGAAGGAAAAUAUUGAGUCCAAGAAAGCAAAGAUCAAAAUGAUGAUUGAGGAAAGAAUGGAAAAGAUACAUGAAUUUACAGUUUCCUCUGAAAUGACCAGAGAGAAGGCACAGAGAGAGAUUGAUGACAGUGAUAGGCUCUUCAAUACUCUGAUGAAUGAAGUACAAGAGAUGCAAACUAAACUAAGACUGAACAUAGAGACAAAGCUGAGAAAAUCACAAGAAAAAGAUGAAACAAGGAUUCGAGAGCUGCAGGAGGAAAUCGCAGAACUGCAAAGGACGCAUUCGGAGCUGGAUGAUCUUUCGCAGAAUGACGACCACCUUCAACUUCUGCAGACUUUGCAGGCCCUGAGCACCAUAUCUGACACCAAGGACUGGUCAAAGAUCAGGGUUUACUCAGACCUGUGCAUGCAGUCAGUAAGGAGAGCCAUGUCUUAUCUUGUCCACACUUUUCAAACAGAACUGAAAACUCUGACGAACACAGAGCUGACCAGAAUGAAGCAGUAUAAAGAGUCAGUCACGUUCGACCAAGCCACUGCUGGUAGCUACCUUGUGGUGACUGAAUCUGGGAAACGAUUGAAGUACUCCAAAUAUGCAAGCCCCUCAUCGUCUGAUGACUUAAACUUAGACAGGUUUGAUUGUCCCAUGGUUUUAGGGACGAAGGGCUUCACCUCUGGGCGGCACUACUGGGAAGUCCAAGUGGGCUUUAGAAACGACUGGGAUGUUGGUGUUGCCAAGGAAACAGUUAGCAGAGCAGGGACAAAGACUGUGAAAAGAGAAAAUGGAUUCUUUGCGAUAGAAAAGAGUGGUUUUGGUUAUCAAGUUCAUUCUACACCCUACACAGUCCUGAACCUGUGUCCCAGGCCAAGAAAUGUAGGAGUUUAUGUGGACUAUGAGGAAGGAAGAGUCUCUUUUUAUGAAGUGAAUCAGAAGCUGCACAUUUACUCUUUCAUAGGAGAGUCUUUUACAGAGAAACUGUACCCAUAUUUCUAUCUGUACAGUGGAGCAAAGAAAUCAGAGCCCUUAGUAUUGCAGUAACAGUAGAAACAGUAGAAAAUUCUUCUAAGGUCAAAACUCACUUAGGACUAAAAGAUAUGAUGUGUCUUAUGUGCAUAAAGAAAAUAGAUUUGAAAUGUAAAAAUAAUUUGGGACGCAUUUCUGCACAAGUGAAACACCAGCCUAUAUGGACAACUUCAUUGAUUGAAAUACCUGUAUCUGUUCUGUCAGACUGUGUGUGCAACAAACAACUGAAAAAUAUGGCUGAAAUGCAUCCUGAUUAGACACGGUGUAAUGCUGUUUAACUGCUUAGCUUGUUCAUAAUGAUUUUUCCUUCAAGUUCACUUACAUCCAGGACACCAGGUGUCUUGGUUUUGGAAGGGCUUAAAAGAAAGAGGUCGCCAUUUUUCAAAUUCUUCAUGUGUUGAGCACUGCUACAACCCCAUAUGCACCACUUCAACAAUUUGAGAAGUCUGAAGCUUGACAGGCCUAUUGUGCUUGGUUAGGUUGCUUAGGUUCAGGAAGGUUUAGUGUCAGUUUACACUUGAAUUAAAAUCAAUGCACUUGUCAGGUGAAGGUAUAAUCAGGUAGUGUACAUAAUAAAUUACUUUGCAUCCUGUCAAAUGUUUCAAAGAACAUCUUUCCUCACUAGAAUAAAAGCUGAAUAAAGGUAA